GGUCAGGUACGAUGCCGGCAAGGAUGGGUUCAUCGACAUGAUGGAACUGAAGCUAAUGAUGGAGAAACUGGAGGCUCCACAAACUCACCUCAGUCUGAAGAAUAUGAUCAAGGAGGUGGAUGAGGAUUUUGAUGGAAAACUCAGCUUCCGGGAGUUCCUGCUGAUUUUCCGGAAGGCAGCCGCAGGAGAGUUAGCUGAAGACAGUGGGUUGCAUGUUCUGGCCCAGUUGUCUGAGAUCAAUGUCUCCGCAGAGGGUGUGAAAGGAGCCAAAACCUUCUUUGAAGCUAAACUUCAGGCGAUCAACAGUGCAACUCGAUUUGAGCAGGAGAUCAAGGAGGAGCAGGAGGAGAAGAAGAAACAGGCCGAGCAGAAAAGGCAGAAGCAAGCGGCCUUCAAGGAGCUACAGUCAGCAUUCAAGUGAAGGCUGCACUCCCACCAGCAAUGGCAGGCAAUGCAGAGCUGGUGGGAAAGGAGGAGGCGUAGGCAUCAGAGGAUCUGGCCUCGAAUCCUGUCAAACCUCCACAAAGACAGAGACUGACUACUUUUAUUUUUAACGAAUGGGAUGUUGGGAGGGGGGAGGGAUGUGGGGGGAGCUGCUGGAGUACACCCUUAAAUAAUCUUCCACAAUGACCAACUGAGGAGGAUCGAGCGAUCACUCGAUCACUUCCCGCUGUGUCCUUAGGAUCAUACUCCACCAGUGAAGCCUACUGUUUAAGACGAGGUUUGGGCUCUGUGUGGGACGGGGCAUGCUGCUGUAAGGGAUGAUCCCAAACUGUGCUUUUGUAAUUGCAGGGAGGUAUCAAGCUUGUUGCUUUCCUCCUGCUACUGAUCUUUGACAUCAUUUUUGCCAAUGUGGGCCUGGGAUGCAGGGGGUGAAAUCCAUGUGGUUGGAGCUCCCAGUACACAUUUUAUAUGGAACAUCUUGCUUGGCACAUUCACCGGUUUCUGUUUUACCUGUUUUUGGAGUGGGGGAGAAUAGGGCGGGCGUACCAAUUUAUCUCCACAGACAGGCCUAGGGAAGAGGCCAAACCAGGAAGCCAAGUUGAUUUUAUCCUCCAAUAAAGGUCAUUGUGCCCCAGCAGAGACGGGGGGGGGGACAUUUCCAGCCACAUCUGCCUAAUGGGGAUGAUCAGAGGAAGUGAUCAAGCAAAAUAGUCCUGAGAUCCACUCAGUUGUUUGUGAUACUCUUACAGUCAGGGCCUUGAAUCAGGCUUGAGAUUAUUUUUAAACAGCGCACCUCUUUGCGAAAUCUAUGUUUUUAAAAUUGCUGGUGUGGGGGUAGGGUGUGGGAAGAUCAAAAGUAAACAAUUGAGCUGCUUGGGGAUUAUGUUUCGCACAAAGGAUCCUUUUUUACGCUGGGUUACUGAUUAACUCUGGGAUUGGCUCCAAGGUGCAGUCAAGGUGAGGGUGCAUUUCCUUGUUGCACCGCUGU